AGUUUCCCAGCUCGGCUAAUUUCUCAGCAUUAUUUCCUGCGGUGAUGCCACCAGCGCCGGUGUUGUCACCUCCCAGGGCCGUGCCAGAGUGGGACGUGGCAUCCCCAGCUCUCGGUGCCACCGGGGCAGAGCCACGCAGCCGCACAUCCCCGCAUCCUGGUGGAGAUAACGACCUAGACCAAACUGUACGCAGAUCGGGGGUGCUUUGCAUGAUAUGGAGAUAUUCAAAUGACAGGAGAGGCGAGCGAUGGAAGCGCUCGCAGGAUAUUUAGAGGAAAAAAAAGCGGUGACGCUCCGUUAUCUGCGGUCCCUCAGGGUGGCUCACGGCGCCCGAACCUCACGGGGGAGCGAGAGUCCUGGGAUACGGAGAAACGCUGAAGCACAAAGCUGCACGGACUUUUCUUUUUGCACCAUCUGCCUCCUACCUCCGUUAUCUGAACGGUGGAAAUUUCCUACGUUGAAACGUAAUGAGAGAUCAGAAGAAAAUCUUGACUUCUAUAAAAAAAAAAAAAGACCUGUUCUCCUAAAUGGAUAUGAGCAACUUUGGAAAGUGCAGACAAGGGAAAAAAAAAUCAGUUUUUCCCUCUGUUUCAGCAAUUCUGAAGCCAUAAAUUGAGAUGUUUCGCCCAGAAAAGCACAGACAGGUGUACCCCAGAAGCCAUGAGCUCCUCCCUGCCCACCCUGCUCCUGCUCCUGCUGCUGCUGGCUGGCCACGGGGCUGCACACACGCUGCACUCAGAGCUGUCAUUGCCACUGCAGGAGAGCAUCCAGAUGUGCACUUUGUUGGCUAAAGAGGCUUCCUGUGAGAAGAUGAACGUGACGGAUAUCUUUGCAGGCAACAAGUCCAAUAACAGACUUGAGCUCCUAUGCGAAGCCGCCACAGUUGUUCGGGACAGCCAGCGCUGCCACUGGAGACUGCGGGGCCUCUUCCUCAACCUGUGUCAGCUCGUGAAUGCUACCAGCAGCCACAAGGCACCGUGUCCUGUGGCAGCAGGCAACACUACUUCAAUGCAUAAGUUCCUAGAGGACCUACACAGAUUCCUCCAGCAACUAGCAAAAGAGAAUUUAUCGUUUUCUUCUUAAUUAUUAUAUUGACACCAUAUUGUCAAAGAUUAUUU